AUGGCGGGACUGGGCCGGUUUCGAGGAGGGCUCAAGUCGAAGACCCGUAAAUUGAUGGCCUUCUGCGCAGGUGGAAUUCUAUUCGUGGCCAGUACCAAAACAUUCGCCGAUGCGCUCGAUGAAGGACCGCUGCCUCAGAGUUCGCCAGCCGACUCGACGCAGUAUCCCACGAACCUAGUGUCUUGUUCGUUAACAGGGGACGAGGAGCAAGACACUCUCGUGCGUCGCACAGUCGCCCUGUCCGAGGGUCAACUCUCGACCACUUUCCAAUGCGGAAAAGCCGACAGAGCCGUGCCAGAGCUGCUCACUGAGGUGUGCAAGCCAUCGAAAGAAGGUACCAUAGAUGCGUGCGACGAGAAGCCCACGAGCCUGACAGAUAUUCUCCAGACCACCACUACUGUGGCGUGGGUGAAGAUGGAAACCCCAACCGAGGGAAAAGGAGAAACGAGGACACUCAAUUUAACAAAACAAGACCUGCCCUUCACCGAUAAAUCGUUCGCCGUUGGCUGCAAGACGACAUCGCAACCAACGGUCGCAUGCCAGGUCGACGUCACUGUGAAGGCCAGAGCAUCCUCCGUUGACAAAAACGUCGUCACAUGUGCCUACGGCGCCGAGAGCAACCCUCGAGCCCUGGAAGCGGAGAUGACAGAAGAGAACAACACACUCACCAUUAAGUGUGGAAAAGAUGGAAAUAUCAAGCCGGCGACUGAAGGGGGUCACUACUGCGAGGACGAGAAGCUCUCGCAGUGUGAGAAGAGCUACAAGGAUAUUUUGCCCAGUUUCGACAGCUCGUGGUGGACAAAGGAGGGAGAUGCACCCGCGACUGAGACGUUGACGCUGACGAUUCCGAAGGAGGAAUUUCCGGCUGAGGAGCAGAAGUUUUAUGUCGGCUGCUCUCCGGGUGAAGGGGACAAAACUAUUCCGGUCUCUCGUUCGCAAGAGGCCAAUGGAAACGUCAUUCCUGCUUCAAGAGGCCUCACAGAUUGCAAGGUGCUGGUGACGGUGAAGGCCGAGAGCUCUGUUAGCCCCUCUCGAUCAAUGAUCCAGGCGGCCUCUGCGGCAUCUGGCGUGGCAGCGACAUUGGCUUAUCUUGCCGCGAGUUGUUUUUGA